AGGCCUCUAGGAAGGCGCACUGGGAGGGAAGAAUAACACAAUGAAGAAGAAAAUGACAGUGCAAGCAGAAAAUGAAAAUGGUUAGGCUCUUGUUGUGAAAUGAUGAUUUGUUUACCAAAUUUUCGUCUCGAUUUAAAUCGUCAGUCAUGAAAAAUUUCAUGGACUCUUUGAUGGAAAUGGAAAAUUCGCAGCUGAAGCCACGCUUUAACCUGUCAGGAUCAUUAUGCUCUCUGCCAGUACUGAAAAGUCCAGUACUGUCGCCCUCAGAUGAUCACAUUAUUUACCAACAAGAUGACUUGUUUCUCAAUGGAUUCCCCAUCAUGGAAGAAAUUAGAAGACAGGGAAAGCUCUGUGAUGUUACCCUCAAGGUGGAUGACCAGUCUUUUAGUGCUCACCGAAUCGUUCUCGCGGCAAAUAUUCCCUACUUUCAUGCCAUGUUCACCAAUGACAUGGUCGAAAGCACUCAACGUGACAUCACCAUCCAUGGCAUUGAGGCAUUAGCCUUGGAAUCUCUAGUGAACUUUGCAUACUCAGGACAUAUAACUAUUGAUGUGAAUAAUGUGCAAUCAUUAAUGGUUGGAGCUUCAUUUCUUCAGUUGACUCAAGUUCGAAAUGCUUGCGCAGAUUUCCUCAAAAAAAGAUUUCACCCUCAAAAUGUCUUAGGAAUACGAGCCUUUGCUGAUACGCUGGGCUGUUCACCUCUUGUAGAAUCCGCUGAUAAAUAUUUGCAGCAAUAUUUCCAAGAUGUUUCAAGCUCAGAUGAAUUCCUCUCCCUGAGCUGCAAGGAGCUCACUGAUAUUAUUCAUAGAGAUGAACUGCAUGUGACAUCAGAAGAACAGGUGUUUGAAGCUGUAAUGAAUUGGGUUAAAAAAGACCCACAUGGGCGUAAAAAGGAAUUGCUGCCCAUCCUCAGCAAAGUCCGCUUGCCAUUGUUGUCUCCUCAUUAUUUAGCGGAUAGGGUUGCCACAGAAGAGCUCAUACGUACCUCCCAUGAGUGCCGUGACCUCUUGGACGAAGCUAGAGACUAUCAUUUAAUGCCCGAGAGAAGACCUCUUCUUCAGUGCUUCCGCACACGUCCCAGAUGCUGCAACUAUAUCAUUGGCCAUAUAUUUGCUGUUGGAGGAUUGACAAAGUCAGGUGAUUCUUUGAGCACGGUUGAAGUUUAUGACCCACUUGUUGAAAGAUGGCAGAUGGCUGAGGCCAUGACAAUGUUACGGAGUAGAGUUGGUGUAGCAGUUAUGCGCAAUAGAUUGUAUGCAUUUGGAGGAUAUAACGGAACCGAAAGAUUGUCUACUGUUGAAGUAUUUAAUCCUCUUGAGAGGGUCUGGAGUAGGGUGUCCCCAAUGCAUUGCAAGAGAAGUGCUGUUGGAGCUGCUGCUCUCAAUGAUAUGUUGUACGUGUGUGGGGGCUACGAUGGAAUAACUUCACUCAAUACCGUUGAGUGUUAUCAACCAGACAAAGAUGAGUGGACAUUGAUCGCACCCAUGGUGAAGCACCGCAGUGCUGGUGGUGUUGUUGCAUUUGAGGGAUAUAUUUAUGCUCUUGGAGGGCAUGACGGGUUGUCUAUAUUUGACUCAGUGGAAAGGUAUGAUCCUCUUAUUCAACGCUGGACAACAGUCAAGCCAAUGCUCAGCCGACGCUGUCGCCUUGGUGUUGCUACAUUAAAUGGGAAGAUCUAUGUAUGUGGUGGAUAUGAUGGGUCAACUUUUCUUCAAACUGUUGAAAUGUUUGAUCCAGCUAUAAAUGAAUGGAAAUUUGUCGCUCCAAUGAAUGUGAUGAGAAGCAGGGUUGCUCUUGUAGCCAAUAUGGGAAAACUUUGGGCAAUAGGAGGAUAUGAUGGGAACUCAAAUCUGUCAACUGUGGAAGUCUAUGACCCGCAGAAGGAUACCUGGUCCUUUGUAGCAGCCAUGUGUGCACAUGAAGGAGGAGUUGGUGUUGGUGUUAUUCCUAUUUGUAAACCAUCUGACUAAAGGAGUGCUUUGAUCUGUUAAUAAUAUGAAUUCAAAUCAAGCAGUGUGACCUGUUAUGUUUUAGAGCUGCUUUGGGACCACGUAUAAAUAGGAAAACAGACCGUUUAGAAAUCUUCUUAAUCUUCUUUAAUUUUUAAAAAAAUGUUUUGUCUUUUUCUUUUUUAUACUAGUUUUUAUUAUGUUAUCUGCUCUCUGUUUUCAAUCUGUGGCCUAGUCGGACUUUUACUUCUUUGCAAGCUAUGAACUUAAACUUUUAUUUUUUUUCUUGGUCUAAAGGGAGGUAGCAACCCUCAGACCAUUAUCACUAAGCUUCCACUUCCAAUAUGUCCACUAAUGAAUUAGUGGUAAAGCACUAUGCUUUUUAGAAUAAAAUUGAAACAUGCACUUACCUCUAUAAAUUUUUUGAAUAUAUUCUGACUUAAGUGUCCUGUAAAUAUGGAUAUGACACAUUGACUGAAGACAUUUUAACUCCUGGUAAAUCAGUAUUUCUGUAAUUAGUUUUAGUACUUUUUGCUUUUAUCUGGUUGUCAUCUUACAAAUUCAAGUCAUGAUAGCAUUCCUUCCUCAGGUACAGUUAGAUGUUUAUAAAAAUCUUCUUAGCUCAUCAAUUAGAGUUUGUUGUUGAUCUAUGCAGUGUGCCAUGUGUCUGUCGAUUUUAAUCUUGCCCUAGAAAUACUGUCCCAAUAAAGUAUUGUACAGCAACACCACUCAACACAUGCAGUUUUUGUCAUGUAUUUCUGUCUGGAGUUGGUCAAGGGACAGCUUUUUAUAGAAUGUGAUGAACUAUUUUUUAAAUAUAUUUUGAAAGAGUCUAGUCUCAAA